CUCGUCUUCCUCCACCCAUUCCCUUUUCCAUUUCCCCCUUAGCUCCAACCCUCCACCAAUUUUUAGAUCACAUAUCGGUAACCAAGUACUUUACAUCCGCCCAAGCCCCUCGGGACCUCUGGUCGUAUGUAAAUUGCAGCUCGCGAUCCUGCAUUCUACUGAACCUUCGAGCUCCAUUUUGGGCUGGAUUUGUUUCUGGCUACGGAGCAGAGCGCGAGACGCUUUUAGAGCCUUGAGAGAAGUGGGACAAAGUUAUAGAGUCAAAUGGGGCGUAGGAUACUAAACGAUGCGUUAAGGACUAUCGUGAAUGCGGAGAGAAGAGGAAAGGCCACUGCAAACCUUCAACCCAUUUCCACAGUGAUGGCUUCCUUCCUUGGCAUAAUGAAAACAAGAGGAUAUAUCAAAGAUUUCCAAGUCUAUGAUCCACAUAGAGUCGGUAGAAUUACUGUAGAAUUGCUAGGAAGAAUUAAAGAUUGCAAGGCUUUGACAUAUAGACAUGAUAUCAAAGCCAAGGAAAUUGAAGAAUAUCGAGUCCGUACUCUUCCAACACGCCAGUGGGGUUAUGUUGUCAUCAGAACUCCUAAUGGCAUAUUUGAUCAUGAGGAAGCCAUUAGGCAAAAUGUUGGUGGUCAAGUACUGGGUUUCUUUCACUAAUGCAAUUAAAUGAAACCUUCAAAAGAAAAUUUUUCUUUUUUCUUGCCACUUUCUAGUUGUCUUUUGAAAGUUCUAAUCUUCUUAGUACCUCUUUGAAAGUUUGUUUGUUCUUGUUCAAAUAAUAUUCUGUAAGAUUUGAAAUCAGAUAAGAUUUUGUCGCUUCUUUUAAGGUAUUGUGUGGUUGUAUGGUCCCACUUGAUAGUGUUUUUCAUGUGCUUUUCUGUGUGGGACUAAAGUGAGAGUAUGUAGGCAUUCUUUCUAUAUUACUUUGGUGUAUUUACUAUUUACUGUAGCAUAUCAUGUUUGGUCAAGCUGAAGCUUAUUUUUUAUGGUUUGGUAGUAUAUAUUCCAGGCAAAUAAUUUAAGGGUUUCAGAUUUUUCAA